AUGCAUCGCUGGUUCUUUGCUAAUGAACGAGAGGAGUGCGUGGUGCGCGAGGAGGCCGAGGAAGAAGGUCCUGCGGUGAACACCGAGGAUGAGGCUGAGAAAGAGCUGCGGAAAAUCGUCUAUACCGACUGGCCGUUCUGUGUGACGACGGAAUCCCCGCUGCAGGGCAACGAAUAUAUGGCAAUAACGGGAAAUUGUGAUUCGCUGGGCAAUUGGAAUCCCAAGGAGGUGUACCUAAUGCUCGCAGUCGACUGCAAGUGCCGAUGCGAUUGCAAAUGCAUCAAAUUCGAGGCGAAGGUGCGAAUUCCGCGCAACAAAGAUAUCGAAUAUCGAUAUUGCAUCGUCGGCUACGAUCCCUUGAUGGACGAUGUGAUCAUACGCUUCUGGGAGGUGAUGAUAACGCCGCGCAUUAUCCGCACUUGCCACAAUAUGUUGAAGGAUUGCGAUGCAUUCGGCAAGAUCGAUAGGGACGCCCUGGAGCCGACUGUGGAUCGUGGCUGGGUCACCACGGAAACGAUCGUCCAGUUCAAGAUCUUCAAUGCGCCGUUCUAUUGGCUGAAGCAGGCGCCGCGACUGCUCUACAUCUAUAUACAACCGAUGUUUGAGACGUCGCCAGAGCAAUGCCUAAACCAAAGCUCGGAACCCGUCCGACUGACCCUAGCAGAAGCGGGUCGUCGCUCUACGGCGCCGAGUCAACAGAAUCAGCGACUCGCAUUCACCGAGGUGGCCAAUCUCAAUCUGACCGAGAAGCUACAGUUCCAGCCGAAGAACGGUGUUCGCUGUGGUCCGCAGGAUCUGCAGCUGUAUCACUUCUCGCUGUCCCAUCCGCUGGAGACGCUCUACCGCAUCGAUCUCUACACGUACGCCUAUAAGGCUGCCUCGGAUGAGCCCUCGUAUCACUAUGGCUAUGGUUUCAUACAGCCCGAGGAGCUGCACGACUCGGAGGGCGAGCUGCGCAUCAACAUCAACUGUGCGUCCACGCAUCGCCCGUUGAUCGAGAUGAGUUUGCAGUAUCUGAUCGUCCGGCCGACGGAGAGCAUCAACUGUGACCUGAGUCUGACCUACGAGCGUUUCUGGCGGGAGAAACAUUUGCCCAUGGAUAUCGGACAUCGGGGCUCGGGCUGCACCUAUCGCCUGGGCGACGAUGUUUAUCGCGAGAAUACGCUGUUCGCGUUCAAGCGGGCGGCGGCCAGCGAUGCGGACAUGGUCGAGCUGGAUGUGAUGCUAACGAAGGAUGCCCAGGUGGUGAUCUACCAUGAUUAUACGCUCACCUUUGCUCUCUGCUCGGCCUGGUGUGUGGAGAAGCUGUUGGUGAACUACGAUGUGAUGGUCAUGCCGCAUGAGCACUUCAAUCGCAGCCGGCUCAUGGCCAUGGGGGGCCGGAAGCGCGGCGAUACGAUUAUAGUACCCUUCGAUUCCUUCUACUACGAGGAACUGCGACUCGUGCAACCCUUGCGUUAUGUCUCCUCGGCCAGCGGCUGCUCGGCCAAUUGUGAGAAGCAUUUGCUGGAUCAGAUGCCCUUUCCGCUGCUCAGCGAUAUCUUCAACGAUGAUCUGCUGUCGCUGCCCCCCAGAGUGGGCGUCAAUGUGGAGGUGAAGUGGCCGCAGAUGGAUACCAAAGGACGCUGGCAGGACUCCAGCUCGAAGCCAACGUUCGAUCGCAACUACUAUGUGGACACGGUGCUCGAUGUGGUCUUUCGCUGUGCGGGCAAACGUCGCAUCAUUUUCUCCAGCUUCGAUGCGGACAUCUGCAUUAUGUUGCGCUUCAAACAGAACUAUUAUCCCGUGAUGCUGCUGCUACAGAGUCCGGAUCGACCCAUUCAGUUUGCCGAUCAGCGUGUCAAUACGCUGGAGAAUGCCGCCUACCUCGCCUGCAUCAUGGAGAUGUUUGGCCUGAAUUUCCACACAACCACCUUGUUCAAGCAGCCCCUCAUAUUGGGGCACAUCAAGGACCUGCAUAUGCAGGGCAUUGCCUGGGGCUCCGAGACGGCCGAUGUUGAUAUCAGGGAUAAACUGAAGCGAUAUGGUGUCAUUGGUGUCACCUACGAUCGCAUCGAUCAGAGCAAUCAAGUCGGCGAUGAGCUGGAGGGCUACAUCUACUGCAUCGAUUCGCUAGCGACGCGAAAUCAUGUGAAGAAUCUCAUCGAAACCGAAAAGAUUGUCAAGUGUGCGAGAUAG